AUGUCAAAAUUAAUUAGGUUUGGAUUAAAAGCAGGGAUUAUUUCUUCUGCCGUAUAUAUAACCAUAGAUAAGGGUGUAUGGAAAGAUAGCGAAAUUACUAGUCAGUUAUAUCAAGACUUAAAAACUACCAUUAAACCUUAUGUCAAACCUGUUUUAGAACAAAUACCUUUUCAAUUUCCUGAACUACCCAAAGCGGGUGAUUUAGUAUCUACAGCAAAAACAACAUGGAACAAAGGAGUAAUUAGUUCAUGUCUUUUUUUAGCAGAAUUACCAGAUUUAACUUGGGACCUUACUAAAAAAGGAACCGUGUACACAUAUAAUAAAAUAAUGGAAGAAUUAAAAUCUAUAAAUGAUGUCAAAAAUGAAAAAGAAAAUCAGAAUACAAACUUAGCAAAUUAA